AUGCUGCUCUCGCACCGCACGGGCGGCAAGGGCGGCCCGCUCACGCUGAUCCACGUCGGCGGCUUCGACGCGUCGCGCUGGUACGCGACACAGAGCGCCGCCCAGUUCGAGGCGGCCGGCCUGAUGCUGCUCGAGGCCGCGCUGGCCAACUGCGACCGCGCGUCGGUCGAGGCGGGCCGGCUGGUGCGGCGGGAGAUCCUGCUCGACUACGACGGCCUCGCGCUGAGCCACGUCGCGCCGCGCGUGCUGCUGCGGCAGCGGCCGCUCCUCACGCUGCCCGACCGCUGGUACCCCGAGCUGGUCGGCCGGGUGGCGUGCGUCAACGCGCCCUCCCUCUUUGCCGCCGUGUACCGCGUCGUGCACCCGUGGCUCUCGGACGAGCUUCGCGCGCGGAUCGAGGUGCACGCGCCCGCCACCUCGGCCGCCGCCGUCGAGGCGUUCGCGCCGCGCGCGAGCCGCCCCGCCGUCUACGGCGGCAGCUGCGAGCGGCUGCCCGACGACGUGGCGGAGCACACCGGCAUCGCGAGGCUCGAGCCGAGCGAGCGCGCGGCGCUGACGCCGGGGAGCAAGCUGGCGGGGUACUGCAGUGCGGCGCUCUCGUGA